CCAUUGUCUUCCCCCAUGCCGGUUCCCAGCAGGCACACCAAUAUCGGUCGUUCUCAGAGCUGGGAUGCUGCCGGCUGGUACGAGGGCCCUUGGGACGGUGCCGAGUCCCUGCGGCCUCCCACCAGGAGGAGCUCUUUGACCUAUGGAGUGGGAGAGGGGCCCUGGGGUGAAGUGACAAACUACCGACCGCAAGACGCUGCCCUGGCCGGCGUGCCCGAACCCUGCCUGUACCGGGAGGCCUUUUAUAAUUCAGUCACCUCCAGGAAGGGCUCCGCUCCUGACUUCGCCUUCUACGACAGCAGGCAGGCGGUGAUGUCCGGGCCAGGCUCCCUGCUGCCGCGGGACUACUACAGCGACCCAUCCAGGGGCGUGCGGGGGCCCAAGGAGCCUCCCUACUAUCGAGACCCGGGAGUCAGCCGCCCGCUGCCCAGCUACGGAGCACUCAGCGGCCGGAUGCCGUGGGAUCAGGUGCAAGGCCAGUUACCUGCCCUGCAGGACGCCGGUCCCCUGUACCGGGAUCCUGCCGGUAAGAUGAUCCCACAGGGGCAGCGGACACAGAGCAGGGCCCCAUCUCCUGGACGGUACGGACGGGAACUGCCCGACUCCAGGUAUGGGGCAGAGCCACCUGCCUACCCCCACAACCAGCUCUUCAACGACAUUGGCGAGAGACCUGUGGAUUCGAAUCCCGUCCGACAGACGGCCCCGACCUGCCUGGUUGUGGACCCCGGCUCGGCUGCUGUGCCCGAGGGCAGCGCGGGGGUGACUGGAGGGAUCCUGCAUCGGGGCUACGGCCCUGCCCGGGAGAGCAUGCACUCCAAGAUGGCCUACGAGAACUACGAGGCCGACCCGUCCACGGCGCAGGGGGCCGGCGGCAAGAGGAGCGUGCUCCCCGAGUUCCUGGCCUUUCUGCGGGCAGAAGGGGUGGCCGAGGCCACCCUGGCGGCCCUGCUGCAGCAAGGCUUUGACAGCCCCGCUGUCCUGGCCACCCUGGAGGACGCGGACAUCAAGUCUGUCGCCCCCAACCUGGGCCAGGCCCGUGUGCUGAGCCGCCUGGCCAACAGCUGCAGGACCGAGAUGCAGCUGCGGAGGCAGGACCGGGCGGGCCCCCUGCCCCGGACACGGUCCAGCAGCUUCAGCCAUCGGAGCGAGCUGCUCGCCGGCGACGCUGCCCCGCACCCCCAGCCUGCGGGGCCUCUGCACGUGACAUCCCCCCGAGGAGCCGAUCCCGCCCGUCGGCCAGCCAGUGCGCCUUCACAGCACCUCUUGGAGACCGUGGCCACCUACUCAGCCCCCGGGGCAGGCGUCCAAGCCCCCCACUUCCCUUCCAACUCUGGAUACAGCUCUCCCACUGCGCUGACAGCACGCCCCGGCCCCACGUAUCCCCCGCAGGCUGGUGUGGCCUUGACUCACCCCGGCACCUCCAGCCCCCUUCACCCAGGCCCCAGAACCGCCUACUCCACGGCGUACACGGUGCCCAUGGAGCUCCUGAAGCGGGAGCGCAGCAUGGCCGCCUCUCCGCUGCCCAGCCCCCGCGGCAGCCCCCAGCUCCUGCGGAAGCCCGGGGUCCCCGCGGAGCCCUCUACCCUGCCGCCUGUCAGCCAGAGCCUGCACUCGCCUCACUCACCAUACCAGAAGGUGGCACGGAGGACGGGGGCCCCCAUCAUCGUGUCUACCAUGCUGACACCAGAACCAAGUAUCCGCCCCCAGAUCAUGAACGGCCCCCUGCACCCCCGCCCCCUGGUGGCCCUGCUGGAUGGCAGAGACUGCACCGUGGAGAUGCCCAUCCUGAAGGACCUGGCCACCGUGGCCUUCUGUGACGCGCAGUCCACGCAGGAGAUCCACGAGAAGGUGCUGAACGAGGCCGUGGGCGCCAUGAUGUACCACACCAUCACCCUCACCAGGGAGGACCUGGAGAAGUUCAAGGCCCUCAGAGUGAUCGUGCGGAUCGGGAGCGGCUACGACAACGUCGACGUCAAGGCUGCCGGCGAGCUAGGGAUCGCCGUGUGCAACAUCCCGUCUGCAGCCGUGGAAGAAACGGCCGACUCCACUAUAUGCCACGUCCUCAACCUGUACCGGCGGAACACGUGGCUCUACCAGGCGCUGCGGGAAGGCACGCGGGUGCAGAGUGUGGAGCAGAUCCGCGAGGUGGCCUCGGGGGCGGCCCGCAUUCGUGGAGAGACGCUGGGCCUCAUCGGCUUUGGUCGCACGGGGCAGGCGGUUGCUGUUCGAGCCAAGGCCUUUGGAUUCAGCGUCAUAUUUUAUGACCCCUACUUGCAGGAUGGGAUAGAGCGGUCCCUCGGCGUGCAGAGGGUCUACACCCUGCAGGACCUGCUGUACCAGAGCGACUGCGUCUCCCUGCACUGCAACCUCAACGAGCAUAACCACCACCUCAUCAAUGACUUUACCAUAAAGCAGAUGAGGCAAGGAGCGUUCCUGGUGAAUGCGGCCCGCGGGGGCCUGGUGGACGAGAAAGCCUUAGCCCAGGCCCUCAAGGAGGGCAGGAUACGAGGGGCGGCGCUCGACGUGCACGAGUCGGAGCCCUUUAGCUUUGCUCAGGGUCCGCUGAAAGACGCCCCGAACCUCAUCUGUACCCCACACACGGCCUGGUACAGCGAGCAAGCCUCACUAGAGAUGAGAGAGGCCGCCGCCACCGAGAUCCGCCGAGCAAUCACAGGCCGCAUCCCGGAGAGCUUGAGGAACUGUGUCAACAAGGAAUUCUUCGUCACUUCAGCUCCUUGGUCAGUAAUGGAUCAGCAAGCAAUUCAUCCCGAGCUCAAUGGCGCCACAUACAGAUACCCGCCGGGCAUCGUGGGCGUGGCUCCGGGAGGACUUCCUGCAGCCAUGGAAGGGAUCAUCCCCGGAGGCAUCCCCGUGACUCACAACCUCCCCACAGUAGCCCACCCCUCUCAAGCUCCCUCGCCCAACCAGCCCACAAAACACGGGGACAAUCGAGAGCACCCCAACGAGCAAUAGCAGAGAAUGCAGAACGCUGGUCACUCCACUACACUCGGGACCAAGAGACAGUGAAACAUACAUGAACUAAGAAAAGGAAUUUGACAGUCUUUUUACCUGAUUCUGGACAUACGCAUCAUUGACGCUGCAGUGUUAAACCACAGAGCGAGAAGACGGAAGACGUCGUCUGCUUACGGAAGCGUGGAAGAGACUGGACGUGACUUAUUAACGACCAACUUCUGUUAUUGUAUGUUAAGUUUUUCAUCUGUGCAUCAAAUCACAAAGAAUAAAUAGAGCUUUUUCCUU